AUGGCGUCGAAACUUCUUCUCUUCGUUUUUCUUGUCGGGUUUGCAUCAUCAUCAUCUGAAUUUUCUGGAAUUUCUCUUCCAUCUUCCUCGUCCGAUUCUCAGAAAGUCUCCUUGGGUCUGUACUACGAGUCUCUAUGUCCGUACUGUUCUUCCUUCAUUGUUAACCACCUCGUGAAGCUCUUCGAAGACGAUCUCAUAUCCAUCGUCGAUCUGCAUCUGUCUCCGUGGGGCAAUACCAAGCUCCGACCCGAUAACGUCACUGUCGUUUGCCAGCACGGGGCAUUUGAAUGCUUAUUGGAUACCGUGGAAGCUUGUGCAAUUGAUGCUUGGCCUAAAUUGAGCGAUCAUUUCCCGUUUAUCUUCUGUAUUGAGAGUUUGGUGACUGAACACAAGUACGACAAGUGGGAGACGUGUUAUGAGAAGCUCAAUCUGAACUCAAAACCCGUUACAGAUUGCCUUAACAGUGGACAUGGAAACGAGCUUCAGUUGCAGUAUGCUGCAGAAACAAAUGCACUUCAGCCGCCUCAUAAGUACGUGCCAUGGGUAGUCGUGGAUGGUCAGCCACUUUAUGAGGAUUAUGAAAACUUCAUAAGCUACAUCUGUAAGGCUUACAAAGGUAAUAAAACGCCUAGUGCGUGUGCCAAAUAUUCUUCCGGCAACGCCAUUCACAGGGUUAAAGUGAAACGCUUCCCUCAAGUUUGCCAUAAAGGAGUUAAGAUGUGGGAUGUGUUGGAACGUAUCAAGACCGCUUUAUCGUCGUGGAUCGGCAUCGCAGGCCUGCUAUAA